CCUGACGGCGGCGGAGCAUCCUGGGGGUCCCCAGAAGCCCGCCCUGGACCCAGCGCUGCGCCCGAGAUCCUGGGGAGCAGGGUUUCCGACGCGAAUCCCUGGGGGACACCCCAUUACUGCCCCAAGAUACAGUCGCCCAUGCACCAGCCCCUGGGGAGAGCCCCCGACGCUGCUCUUUGGAUGCCGCCCCAGGCCAGUGCGGGAACACGGCGGUCCCCAGAGCCGGCAAGCGCUACUGUGCCCUGGACGCCCCCACCUGCGCCCCCGGAGCUGGUGGCCCUGUACCAGGGGAUCUCAGUGUCACCAGAGCCCUGUCUGUCACUGGGGAGCUCACCCCUCCGGUCCCACCCUUCAUGCCAGAGACUCCAGCCUCAGACCCCAUGGAGGUGCUGGGGCCACAGUGCUGAGCUGCUCCCCAGCUCAGAGGUCCAGGGAUCUGGGCCCGCCUUCCAGCCUGGUGAUGUGAGCUCUUCCCAGCCACCAGGCCUUCGGCUCAGCAGCUGCCCUGAACUUUGGCAAGAAGAUUUGGAGGAGACCCAAAUGGGCAUCUUCUACUAAUGGCCUUUCAGGCCCCCUUUUCAGCCUGAAGUAAGGCCCACCAUGUGAACACUGGUUAUAUACUUCUUCAGGGGCUUUUUAAGCUUUCCUUUGCCAAAGUCCCUGUGCCUAUCACAGAAAGUGGCAGGAACAGAUAGUGUCUGUCCUCCCCGGCCACAGUGGGGCCCUCCACUGCCGGGAACUGCCUUGCAGAGACCUGUGCACUGCAGAGCACAGUCCAGGUUGCUCUGACCGAGGCAAUGCUGGGCUGGGACUGGUGGGAAGGGUGUGGGAGCUAGGCCUGUGCCCUGCCUCUGGGUAACAGUUGGCCAGAAUCCUGUAUGUUAGAUACUCUGUCAUUCUUUAGAAAAACAAAAA